UUAUCUUACUCUCCCCUCUUCUUUUUCUUCUUCUUCUUCUUCCACCUCCAUUAAAGCUCUCUGUCUUUAGGGCUCGCUUCAAUCCAACCAACAUCCAAAACCAGAAAACCAAAAACGAUUGAAUUUGAAUUUUGUAAAUUUAUCAAAUUUGGGGGUUGUGUGAUGUGAGAGAAGAAUGCCAGCGACGGAAUAUCAAGGGUCGUCAGCUGGGUUCAACAAUAUUGGCCGUUCAAUCUUCAGCCUCCGACGCGAUCAGUUUAAUUCAAUGGAAGCCCAUAGCCAUAGCGGUGGUCAAGGAGCUGUAGACCUCGACUCUUUCCAAACCCACGUCGCCGAUUGCUUCUUCCACCUCUCCUCUUCCUCCCAAGACAUCCUCUCCCUCCAAUGGCUCCGAGACCUCCUCGACGCCUUCCUCCAAAUCCAGCAAGAAUUCAAGAACCUCCUCCUCUCCUCCAUCAACAAGCCCCUCCUCUCUAAGCCCACCGUCGACCGCUUCCUCUCCGACUACUUCGAGCGCAGCGUCAAGGCCCUCGACGUCUGCAACGCCAUCCGCGACGGCAUCGAGCAGGUGCGGCAGUGGCUUAAGCUCCUAGAAAUCGUCCUGGUCGCCCUCGGCCGCGACAGGACGCUCGGCGAGGGCCAAUUUCGUAGAGCUAAGAAAGCGCUCGUCGACCUUGCCAUCGCAAUGCUCGAUGACAAGGACUCCUCCAACACCACCCUGGCCCACAGGAACCGCUCCUUCGGCCGGAACAACCCGACAAAGGAUCACCAGCAGCACCGCUCCCUGGGCCACUUCCGAUCUCUUUCCUGGAGCGUUUCACGGUCAUGGUCGGCCGCGAGGCAGCUCCAGGCGAUCGGAAAUAAUUUAUACGCCCCGAGGCCGAACGAGAUUGUGGCCUCCAACGGGCUCGCGCCCGCCGUUUUUACGGUGAAUUCGGUUUUGCUCUUCGUAAUGUGGGCCCUGGUGGCGGCGAUCCCGUGCCAGGACAGGGGCUUGCAGGUGCAUUUCACGGUGCCGAGGAGCUUCGCCUGGGCGGGGCCCAUGCUGUCGCUGCACGAGCGGAUUCUGGAGGAGUCGAAGCGGCGGGACCGGAGGAACGCCUGCGCGCUGCUGAAGGAGAUUCAUCAGAUCGAAAGGUGCUCACGGCUGAUCGGCGAUCUCGCAGACUCGGUGCAGUUCCCGAUCUCGGAGGAUAAGGAGAGGGAGGUCCGGCAGAGAGUGCAGGAAUUGUCGAGCCUGUGUGAGGGGAUUAAGGAGGGUUUGGAUCCCCUGGAACGGCAGGUCAGGGAGGUGUUCCAUGGAAUCGUGAAAAGCCGAACAGAGGGCAUGGAUUCUUAUGGAAGACCGAAUGAAUGAAGAAGAUGAGAGCAAUCAAUUUUUGGAUUUGGGGGAGGUGGCGGCGGCGGCGGGCAAUAAAAUUUGGGUAAGGAGGAGGAGAUAUGACCUUUUUUUUUUUUUUUUUCUUCUUCUUUUUCUCUUGUAAUUUAAUCAGUGAAAUCGAUCAGCAAUUACCAUAUAUUGUGUAUAGAAAUUAGGAUUAUGCAAAGGAACCUACUUCUUGGAGGUUCAUGUUUGCUGUUUUUUCUUCUUCUUCUUUUUUUACCCAUUUUAUCUUUCUGUUGUUGCUUAUUUAUUUUGCCUCUGUAUAAUGAAAUUUCUAAGCAUGCUUCUGGCUGCUGCUCUUUCUCA